AUGUUGAAAGGUAUAAGGCCAGACUGGUGGCCAAAGGGCUGGUGCAUUCAUCAAAUGGAUGUUCACAAUGCUUUUCUCAAUGGUGAUCUCUUGGAGGAGGUAUAUAUGACUGUUCCUGCUGGCUUAGCAAGACAAGGGGAGCAAGGCAAGAAGAAAUUCAAGAUGAAGGACCUAGGAGAACUUAAUUUUUUCCUUGGGAUUGAAGUUUCCAAAUCCAGCAAAGGCAUACAUCUAUCUCAAAGGAAAUAUGCACUAGAAUUAAUAGCUGAAACUAGUCUAGGGGGAGCCAAGCCUGCAGCUACACCACUUAAACAAAAUCUAAAACUAACCUCUGCCAAGUACGAUGAAGCUGUUGCUCCAAAAGGAGAACAUGAAGACCCUAUACUGAAGGACCCUGACAGGUAUCAAAGGCUAGUAGGAAGACUUCUCUAUCUUACCAUGACCAGGCCUGAUCUUGCAUUCUCAAUUCAGAAGCCGAGCUAA